UAUUAAUCUUAACAGUAUAAAUAAGUGCAGAGAGACACCAGAGACAUCAGAGCGUGGAGACACACUGACAUCAGGAUCUUCAUCAGAUCACUUCUGCUGAAAUCUGACCAUGAAGCUGGUUUCAGUCUUCCUCGUCCUGCUGGCUCCUCUGUUGACCAGCUGCCAGAAGCUCCUUCUGCCGGUAGACUGCGGUGACAUUUAUAAUGAUGACAACAGCCGACCCAGUGGAGUGUACACCAUCUAUCCCAUCGGAGCCACGUCUGCUGUCCAGGUGUACUGUGACAUGGUCUCAGAAGGAGGACGGUGGACGGUGUUCCAGAGGAGGAUGGACGGCACGGUGAACUUCUACAGGGGCUGGGAUCAAUACAAGACCGGCUUUGGUAUCGCUGCUGGAGAGUACUGGCUCGGUCUGGAGUCUCUCUACCACCUGACUCUGAAGAAAAGGUACGAGCUGCUGGUCGACAUGGAGGACUUUGAAGGAAACAAAGUGUUUGCUCGUUACUCCUCAUUCUCCAUCGACUCUGAGUCCUACGGAUACAGACUGCUUGUUUCUGGAUUCAUUAAUGGAGGAGCAGGUGAGGUUUCCACAUUAAGGACGAGAUUUUCAGCCAUUAAUGUUGUGGAGCGUGACAUUGGUUCAUGA